UUUACAGUCUUUUGUAAAUAUUUUUGAGUUGAUUUUUUAGGAUCGUGUUAUUAAUAUCAGGCAGAUUUAUUAUGGAUUUGUUAAUAAUAGAACUUUGAAGUAUUAUUUUACAAACAAUCUUAUUUAAAUUGAUCAUUAUUUGUGCAAUGACUCGGAAUCCAGACAUUCUUUUUAUAACCGAAUAUAUUAAAAAUGUACUUUAUUUUGCCACUGUAAGGCAUGGAAGAACACUAACCAACUCAAACGAUACACAUUACUUUUGUGUCGAUAAGGAAUUGAUAUAUGAAAACUACUAUUCAGAUUUCGGACCUCUAAACUUGGGAUGUGUGUAUAAAUAUUGCAUUAUCUUGCAUGAAAAACUAAAGGAAUAUCUGAAUAAACAAGUAAUAGUACAUUACACUUCAAUCGAUCCAAAGAAAAAAACAAACGCUGCGUAUCUCUUAGGCUGUUACGGUGUUUUAUAUUUGAGUUUGGCGCCUAAAGAUGCUCUGAAGCCAUUCUACACACAUGGUCAAGUUUACAGGCCGUUUCAAGACGCCUCACAAGGUGAUUCCAACUAUACAAUUAGCUUAUUAGACUGUCUCGAAGCUGUUGUGACAGCUCGAGACCUGGGUUUUUUCAACUUCCAAGACUUCGAUUAUGAGGAAUAUGAAAGGCUUGAUAAAAUUCAAGGAGGAGAUUUGAAUUGGAUUGUCCCUGAUAAAUUCCUCGCAUUUAUUGGACCAGUUGAUCGCAGCGUUUCAUUGUUUCAUCCACCAGAAAUGUACAUAAAUUAUUUUCAAGAGAAUAACGUAAAGAUAGUCAUAAGACUGAAUAAGAAACUGUACGAUGGAAAUGUGUUCAAUAAUGUUGGUAUUACACACUACGAUUUAUAUUUUCCGGACGGUACUUGUCCUCCACGCCAUAUUUUGCUAAAGUUUUUGCAGAUAGCUGAAGAUUCACAAUGCGGUAUAGGAGUACAUUGCAAGGCAGGGUUAGGCAGAACAGGCUCAUUGAUCGGAAGCUAUUUGAUAAAGCACUAUCGGAUGACAGCUCAUGAGGCCAUCGCUUGGAUGAGAAUAUGCAGGCCAGGGUCUGUUAUUGGUCAGCAACAGGAAUGGUUGGAGAAAAUGGAACCAUGGCUCAAAAAACAGGGCAACUUAUAUAGAAAACGAACAUAUGAUAACAUCAAUAGAUUACCGAUUCAUGAAUAUGGCGUUUAUUCAUUGGCACAGAAAAACCUAAGACAACAGCCUGUUGGCUCUAGAAAACCUUCCCAGCCAAUACAGAGGCCUAUUCGAUCAGACACGUUAUCGACCGCGCGACAGCAAGCCUCGAAAACAAGAGAAGAUGAAGAAGACGAAAUUUUCUUAACGUCUUGUGACCUAACAGUUCAGCCCAAAGAACCAUUGACUCAAUUAAAAGGAUGUAUAAUUAAAAACACAACAAUAUCGGAAGAUAUAGAUAGUAAUAAUGUUAACAGAACGUUUUGGAAGAAAUGCCUUUCCUGUGAACAGUGUAUUCAGUUGAUUAAUGAUAGUUUUUGGACGUUGGCAAUUAGUUGUGCAAAAAUAACCCCAGCGGGUUGGCAAUACUUUGUUUGCUGUAGUUUGAUCGACAAGGCAGAUUCUAAUAAGACAUCCGAGAAGAAGUUCGAAUGGAACGUGAAAGUGCGCAACAACCAGACAUCGACACAACGGAGGGUUCAAAGUAUGGCAGGGUCAAGGCCAUGCAGUGGUGGCGAUGAUCCACGAGCGUUGCGAAUAGCCGGGAAAUGUAGUACUGCCAGAUUUCGAGAUAAAAAUACAGAAUUGAGUAAAAAUUCAACGAGUUGUCCAGUGCCCACAUUUCGUACUUCUGAGGGUCCUGUUAUAAAAAGUGUUAAUGAUGCUAAGAAUUUCCUAAUGCGGAGCACUAUCUAUGGCGACCGUUUCAAAAACAUAAGCUCUGCAAUUACGGUUAAACCACCUUGUACAUAUCGAGCCAGUGUCUUUGCUCACAGAAAAGAAAUUGAUCUGGAACGCAGAACACCAUCCUCCUUCGAUACAGCAUCUAAAUACUUAUCUCAACCUCCAAAUCGACGAAAAUUGGGGAGGAGUCCAAGUCCAUCACCUACCAGAAUGGGUCUAGAGCAAACACGAGCCACGAACACUUUCUUUAAUAAUACAAAUGAUAGGCCUGGAACGAGAGAAUCGAAGUCAGCUUUAAUGGAGGCUUUGUCCAGACUAAAAUUAACGGGAACACGUGACGGAUCGAUUGGCGCAGCUUCCCUGGGGGCCAGACGGGACGCACCCGCUCCGUCGCGACCAGCGCCCUCCGUGAGGUCUGACGAGCGCCCCCUGGCGACACAGGGCGACAUGCUCAACAGUAUUAAGUUCCAACGACGAUGGCGUGAAACACUCAAUACGGAACAAGUCUGUUCUGUAAAGGACAAGCCAAGUGUGCGUAACGUGCCUUCGAAAGUCGUCGAGGGCGCAGCAGUUAUCCCACGACGGCCAAGCAUAUUGCCAGGAUUUCCGUCCAGAUAUUAUCUUGGUUCAAAGGAACAGACAACGCCAUCUAAAGGUUUCGUCACAUCGAGACCAGGUUCACCGACCGGGCGACGUAUACAAAUGCCAUUCUUCAAAAACCCACUGUAGCAUACAUGACAAGUUUUUAUGCAAAUAAAUGAAACACAAGUUAA